AUGGAGGCGGAGCGUGAGGGGAAGGAGCAGGAAGAGGAGGAGGGAAAUGGAAAACGGGAAAUGGAGAAGGGAGAGAACGAGGGAGAUGAUCGUGAGAAGGAGAAACAGGAGGAGGAGUGUCAGGUGGAGAAGAGGGGAACUGAGAAGGAGAGCGUGGAGGGGAAGCAGGAGGAGGAGGAGGAGGAGGAGGAGAAGGAGUUUUGUAAGUCUCGUCCGACAAAUACCGCGUGUUGCCUCCCAUAG